AUGAAAGCGCCUCAGUGUCUCAUUCACUUUCAGUCGGGAACUUUUCUGCCCCUCCUCUCCAACGCCGAGGAAAUAACAGCGUGCGUUCAAGCUCAAGCCAUCUUGUCGACCGCCGACGGUUCGAGCCUUUCUGUCGCUCCGUCCACAAGCGCGACAAAUCCCGGAGCGGCUUCGCGCAGCUUUGAGCAUCAAUCGAGGACGCGAGUCGCCAACACGUUAUCCAUCAUCAAGCCAGUCACUGGUUCCCUCUCCGGGAAGGUCAACCUUCCCUGUUUCUUCUCAACUAUUCCGACCUUGUCACCAGCAAACCCCAACACCACCGCCGUUUUUUCCAUAGACUAUUUCCGCAUCAAAUGGACAAAAAUAGAGGGAGGAGUCGAGUCAACAGUGCUCGUGGCACAAAAUGGGGUCAUCAAGAUUGGCUCCAGCUACAGGAACCGGGUAUCUGUGCCCAGCCAUCCCGAAGAUGUGGGAGAUGCCUCGUUGACAAUGGUAAAGCUGCUUGCUAGCGAUGCGGGCACCUAUCGCUGUGAGGUCAUGUUCGGUAUUGAGGACACCCAGGAUACAGUUAACCUCAAUGUUGACGGUGUUGUCUUUCACUACCGUGCCAACACCAGCAGGUACACGUUAGACUACGAGAAGGCCGUCGAAGCGUGCUACAACAUUGGCGCAACCAUCGCAACAUCCGAGCAGCUGAAAGCCGCGUACAAGGACGGUUUUGAUCAGUGUGACGCUGGCUGGAUUGCUGACCAAACAGUGAGAUACCCGAUUAUAAACCCCAGAAAAGGUUGCUAUGGCAACUUACAAAAUAAACCUGGAGUUAGAUCCUACGGAACCAGGAAACCCACAGAGAAAUACGAUGUCUACUGUUAUGUGGAAAAACUUUAUGGUGAUGUGUUCUACGCUCCCGUGCCCCAAAAAAUGACUUUUGAGGAAGCGAAGGACGCUUGCAAGACGAGGAAUAGCGAGCUGGCAACUCCCGCCCAGCUUCACGCUGCGUGGCGACGAGGUCUCGACAAGUGUGACUAUGGCUGGCUUUCUGAUGGAAGUGCACGCCAUCCUGUCGCCGUAGCCAAAAUUCAGUGCGGGGGAGGCCUGCUGGGGGUCAGAACCAUGUAUCGCUACAAGAACCAAACUGGAUUCCCAGAACCAACGACUCAGCUUGGAGCUUACUGUUUUAAAGGUGAGCCCAUGGUGUUUACUGUGUAUGAUGAGUGUCAUGGAACAUGGCGUUACCUGUGCGCUUACAACCAUGGAAGGAAACUGAUGUUCAACCAAACAUCUUUUGUGGACAUUUCAGUGGCCAACAUUACAAGCAUAACCUUCGGUUCCUCCAUCAUUCCUUCAGUUGAGAGUAGUGCGGUUACUCAAACCCAAACUUCAGGAACUGGAUCAGAAGCUGAAACAGACUCUGCUGUUCCUCCAACUCUUCCAUCUAUGUUUUCCACUAGCAUGGUUCCACUUAGGCCGACUCCAGUAGGCAAAGAGGAGGAGUUAUUCACCACUGUGGCACCGACCAUUAUGGAAGACCAUGAAGACAUUGAUGAUCUGACACCAGUCGACCCAGACUUUGAUGUUGAUGACUUUAUAGAUGAGAGGGUAAUAUACGUGGAAGCCAUUCCCCAACAUGGUGACACAUUGCCAGACCUCCACUUCACAAAUGACUCAACAGAGUCACUGUCCGAAACAAUGGGAGAGCCAGACGAUCAUUCAGUCAUUGAGAUCAGUACCAUUGGACCUGAUGUAGUACUGCAAGAUGCUUCCUCGAGCUCGGAGCCCAUGUUCGCUGGGGGGGAAACAGAGGAAACAAUUCCCAAUUCUAAUACCACCGACAAAGGAACAGAAUCAUCUGAUGUGACAAGUGAAGAAGUUUUUAGUUCAUUAGAAACAACCCCACCUGAUUCCACGAGAGCCUUCCCAUACUAUGAUAGCAAAAGUGAGGAAACAGAGACCGAUACACUGAUAGGGGCACUGUCACCCACAAAGUCAUCACAGGACCUCUUGCUCAGUACAGAUGGGACAGACACUCCAGCCACCACUGCCAUUCUCACCAGCACCACAUUUAUGCGUAGCACCAAGCCUGGCACAGAGGUGGGCAUCAACACCACCCCCCGUUUGCCAGUGGCAACAAACCAACAGAACAAUGUCUUAAUACAACAUGUUAUGACACCAGAAGAAAGCCUGUUUGCAUCAGGGACAGGCGCUCCCAUUCUCAUCGAAGGUGCAACAUCAGAUGAUGUGUCGACAAGAGUCUUUGACGAGUCCAGCGAUCAGGUGUCACAGCAAAGUGGUGACACCCUCACACAGGUCGACACUACCACAGACAUUGAUGAAGAGUUCUUCACAAUCGCUCCAGUGGUGUCAGCUGCAAGCAGCGACACCACCAUCGCCCCAGGAACAACGGUCACAAAGGAAUCGCCAAACAUAGAGACCAUCGGGAUGCAGAAACACAACACAUCAGUUGCCAAGAUCAUUCAAUUGGAAAAUGCUCCUGUUCUGCCUGACCGUGCCACUGCCUCAGUGAUAGAUGGUGAUCUCAUCCUCCAGAGUGGAAACCCAGGCUUGUCCCUUGCCACUGUUACUACUGCUCCAAUUGUUAGUUUUAUUAAUGGAAAAUACGAGAUAACGCUUGAUCCGCAGAGUCCAGAGGAUAAAGAAGCCAAGGGUACCCAGAUUGUAACAAAUGUGAAAACUUUAGGAGGCAAUGAAGAAAUAUAUACGGGGUUUGAUGAUGGACUGCCCGACCACCCUGUAGACAGCUUAACUGAAUCGGCAGAGGGGCUCCACUCAACCACAGAAACAGUGAACCUAGAUGACUCUGACACUGACAUUAUCCCAAAACCUGAAACUAAGCUUCAUCACAUUUAUCCUGAAAAUGAAGAGGGCCCCACACACACAGACAAAAGCUCUGCUCCAACUACAACUUUGGGUGACACUACAUCAUUUGAAACCACACGGAAAGCUAGCUUGUCAACCACAGACAGGAUUUCUCUAAAAACAAUUCAAAAGGUUCCUGAAACUUCAGAUAAAACUGAGGAAUCUUUGCCUCUGACUCCAUUAGAUCAAGAUGGUUUAGGUGAACAGACCCGAGACAUGCUCAGUCAGACAUCUUCUCUCGAUGCCACAUCUACUCUCGACUUCACUAAGGCACCACCUGCAGAAUCUCUUGAUGGAUCAGGUGACCACACCAAAGACAUGUUCAUUCGAACAUCUUCCAUCACUGCUGCAACUCUAGUCACGGAUUUCCCAAAUACUGAGGAAGCAAGCUCAGGUGAACAGAUUGAUGAACAGAAAGAUCCUUCAUCUCCUCCAGAUUUCUCAUUGUUUCAUACAGAAAGACCAACAGAAUUACCACUUCAGGAGAAAGAUACAUUCACCAAAACCAGUGCUUUGCCCAGAACUAACUCCCCAGAACAAGAGUUAAAUAAAACAACUUUGUUUCAUGGCUCUCAACUAUCAUCAGUUGCCACUACAGACUCUGGUGGUUCUGGAGACAGCAGUGAUGAGUUUACUGGGGAACCAAAUAUCAUAACGCCUACACUUUCUUCCACGUUUAGUUCAGGGUUAACUGCUGUGCCUGCAUCACAUGGUGAUGGAACCCUUGACAUUUCAAAGAUGUCAGGUACUGCUGUGUCAUCCUUUUUUAGUACUAAGAAACCGACUCCAACUGUAAUGUCUGCUCUUCCCACCAUUGAGGACAUUGAUAAUGCAGGAAUUAGCAGUGACAAUAUGAUGGUUGAGUCUACACCUUCCCACACUGGCUCAAUAAUCAAACCUGGAAUCGUACCAGAUGUCACAAUGGCAGAUUACGACAGUUCUGGUGACAGCGCAGAUGGAUUUAAAGAGUCAUCAAUAAGAACUGUUUCAUCACUAUUCAGUAUAGAGACACCACCGAUGACAACGUUACAAGAAUCUCAAAACAAUCAGGUCUCAAAGUCCUCAGUAACGCUGUCAUCUUUCUACAGCACUGACAAACCUACGUCAGUGUCUCUUGGAAUACAGAAGUAUGUGACAACAGCUAAGAUUGAUGGAGUGAUGUUCACAAGUGGGACUAAACCAAUCCCUGGUAACUUUGAAGGGUCAGGUCAUCAGACCCAAGACACACAGACAGAGACAUCAUCUUCUGUCUCUUACACCGAGCUGCCUAAAGGAGUAGAAGGUGACCCAACAACCAACCCUAAGAUGCUUUCAUACUCGAAACUUCCAACAGCUUCUCCUAGUUCUUAUGUGACAAGAUCUGUUAUAUAUGACAGCAUUUCAGACCAACAGGUAGUCAUUGUUAGUCCCAGUGACCAGGCCGAGACUGACUCAAAAGAACAUAUAUCCACCGCAGUGGUGCAUGUGUCUACUCCUUCAACCAGCACAACAGUUUUAUUCACAGAAGAUACAAAGAAUGAAGAUGAACUAUUGUACCCAGUAACUCACAAUAUAAGAGAAGAAAGCCCGUCACCUGACCUCCUCCAGGGCACUGAUGUUAUUAUUGAUGCCGAUACCAUUUCCAUCAUGCCCUCGUCUCCAUUUUACCCAACCAUUCAGACAGAAGAGGCAGGAGCUCUCACUCCAGUUACAAUGAUGAAACAAUUGGAGGUGACAGAGGAGCCAGAGGCUUCAGGUACCGAAGAUAUAAACCUCUUCACUCCUACGCAUGCAUCAGAAACCUCUUCUGAAUAUUCUCCACCUAUGUCUGAAAUAUUGCAUGUGGAAAGUGAAACAUUGUCAUCACAAACCACCACAGCUUUGACUGUCACCACCAAACCAAGCCAGGGAGUAUUAUAUGACAUAAUGCCAUCACAGCCAUUUGUUUCACUUGAUACUCAUGCAAGAGCAGUUCCCAAGCAGGUGCAUGGAUCACCCACAACUAAUACAGCCACAAGUGCGGCUGGUGAAACAUCAAGUGUAUCCUCACAAACAUCUGUGCCAACCAGUCGAGUAUUUCAUCAAGAGUUAACAACUCCACAGGCCUCAGAUGAAGGCUCUGGAGGAGAAAUUGUCUUGAGCCCCGAACCCACAGCAACAAUCACAUUAUCCUCUGAAUGGACAGCAUCUGAUGUACAAGUAACAACAUCAAUAUCUUCACUGUUUAGCACAAAGAAGCCUGAAACUAUUACUGAAAAGGGUAUAAAGUCAUCAACCCCUCAGUCAUCUCACUACAGUACUGUGAAACCAAUACCCAGUUUUGUAUCUGAUGUUACUGGCACUUUAAACAAUGAAAUGUUGACGGUUUCAACGGUGCAGCUUGAAACAAUAUCACAUCUAAGUGAUGUGCCUGAUCUAGGUAGUGGGGAGGCUGAAAUAGUUCCAUCAAAUACCGCUUCAAGUCUCCACAGCACUGGGAAAACACCUUCAUUCACUGAUAUUACUAAGACACAAUCACAUAAAAACAUUUAUACAACACCGCGUCCAACACAAACAUCUGCUAGUCUUAAGUGGCUCUUCACAACAUCAUUAUAUCCUGCAGGUGUGGAGGGCUCUGCUGACGAGAUUUCAGAUGAGACCACCGCUUCACCACUCAUAGUAACUCUUGACAGUAAAAAUACUUCUGCCAAUAAAACGUCAACUCUUUUUAGCACAGAUAAACCCAUAAAAUCCCAAGAGGAUGGAAUAGAUGAUGUAACCACAAUGCUCGAUGAAUCAGUAUUUGUAGAAACUGUUUCACAUUCCUCUGACAGGCUAAUAGUUAACCCAUCACAGAAUGAGAGCACCAUAGAGCACAUUGCAUCUACAUUUACGGAGGACUCAUAUUCUACAUCAACGGUGCCUUCUGUAGAAAGCAUGUCUCAAUUUGACACAUUGGUCCAAUUUGUUUCCACUUUUGUCCCAGAAUUAGAUGCAUCCCCUUCUGAAGUAUCUUCCCAACAUGCAAUGUCUGAGAUCGCAUCUACUCAGGAUUCCAAGAUUGCUCAUGGUGCCACAGCCACCGCAAACCCAAUGUUUCCCAUUGAAGGGUCAAGUCAGUAUUUCAGCCCUAGUGGUAUGGUUACUCAGACUGAAAUAGAAGAUAACACAUUUGACCCCUCACCAACUAUUAUUUUAAAAACUUCCCCUCAUUCCCCUGAAACACUACAUUCCAACGCAACAGUCUCUCCUGACGUUGAAUCUGUCACACCACCACAAUCUAUUCAGUCUACGAAACCACAGGAAGAAUCAUCUCAGAUGGACACUGAUUCAGUCUCAUUUGAAACAACACCUGAAAGCCCUCACGGACUUCCAGUACAAAAAGAAAGUACCCAAUCACCAAUGUUCUCAUCACUGUCAAGCUCUACAACUCCACCAGCAUCUGCCAUUUUAGAUAUUACUCAACAAUCAUCUUCUGAUGAAACUGUGAAUUCAACUACAGGGGAACCACAUACAGCUUUUGAAAGUUCAGGUUCCUCAGAGAGUGAGGAUAGUUCUCUGUCAACAGAGAAAAGUUUAAUCACAUCAACAGAAGAAAUGGGUUCAGGGUUCAAAAUACCAAUCUACAAUGGAGACUUUGCUAGUCCAACAUCAACUGAGACAGGGCCAUCUUUGUAUGAAGAAACGUAUAGUUCUACAUCUACUGAUACUUCUCUGACAGAGGGUUACUCAACCCAGACCACUGAUAUGUCUCUAACUCCUACUGAGUCAAGCACAAGGGAUGCUGAGAGUAAUGAGACACAAUACACCCACAUAACAAACACGCCAGAUCCUACUGGUAUUUCAGAUGCUGAAGAAACCUCUGCCGACUACCAAGUGAUAGCUACACCAAUACCACGUGAGCACAUUUCAGACAUCCCUUUUCAAUCAAUACCUUCUCAGGAAGAUAUUUUGGUAAAAUACGUCACAACCUUUCCUCCCAGACAAAAUCUGACACCCACGGAAGAAUCAAGGGAACAAGCCAGAUCAGGGAUUCCUCUCACCCAUCGCCCUCACACAGAUCUUUCCUCUGAACACGUACCACCAACCAAACCUUUGUCUUCAAGUCGGUAUCAGGAAUCAACAACCAUCCUUGCUGCUGCUAAUUCCGUCACUGAGUCUAUGUUUGCCGUAGUGGAUCUAGCUACAGUUGCCCCUACAGAUGAGCAAGUUUCAAGUGGUAAAAAGAUUGAACCAACUCUAGAGAAAGAUGUCAGAGUAACACAGUCUCCAGCUGGCAUACUUUAUGAAGACCCAAGUGAAGAGACCCCAGACUAUGAGGGAUCAAAUUCCAACAUAGUAGAAAGCAUUCCAGAUAAAAAUCAAAGGAUAAAACCAACAGAAGUAACAAUGUACACUACUCAUCAAGCUGCUGAGAGUUGGCCUUCUGAUGCAGUAAACAGUAUUGAAACUUUUACAAUGCAAAACGGAUCACCCCCUCCAAGCUCUGAAGGAGCUUCAGAAAGCACCAGCGGGCUACAAAAUAGAAUGAUCACCAGUGCCACUCUUAAACAGGAUUAUGGUUUGGGUGAGAGAGUGACUUGGAAGCAUCAUUAUGUCACUACUCCGUCACCCUCCAUCUUUACAACUGGAGCAGAGACAGAAAUAGUCAGUUCUCCAGGUCUGCCGAGAAAGGCGAUCACCACAAAAAAAACUGGAUCAGAUGAAAUUCAGACAGUGUACAAGGUAGAUGCUACCACCACUGCUUCAAAAGUUGAGUCAGCUGAAGUACAUAGCACUGGGACAGAGAAGGUUGCAUAUAAGACAGAGCGAUCUACAAUACCCCCACCAGACCAACCAUUGACAACAGUGAUACCAGCUGAAACUCUAAGCCAGAACGGACUAUCAGCCACAUCGGUGCCCCCCACCCAACUGAUCUCUGGCACAGAUGACAAACUAGACAUAACUUCACCUCCGUUGCUUACUGGAGGAGAAUCACAUAGCAUAGGGAAGGGCUCGACUUUACUUCCUGAUACGGAACGUGAUCUGGGGCACACCAUUGUAGGAGAGACUGUUGAAAUUCUGGGAAUUGAUACCUGUACUGAAAACAUUUGUAUGAAUGGAGGAUCUUGCCUCAUGACCGGCAGCAUCCAAACAUGUAGCUGUGCUCCCGGUUAUCACGGUGAUCACUGUGAAACAGAUAUUGAUGAAUGCCAGUCCAACCCUUGUCGCAAUGGAGGAACUUGUGUGGAUGGGGUGGCUUGCUUCACAUGUGUUUGCCUCCCGAGCUACUCUGGCCUGUUGUGUGAGGAGGAUACAGAGGUGUGUGAAUAUGGCUGGCACAAGUUUCAGGGUCAGUGCUACAAGUAUUGCCCCAGAAGAAGAAACUGGGAUACAGCAGAGAGAGAGUGUCGCAUGCAAGGGGCUCACUUGACCAGCAUCCUGUCUCAUGGGGAGCAACAGUUUGUCAACAGUCUUGGACAGGACUACCAGUGGAUUGGGCUGAAUGAUAAAGUGUUUGAUAGCGACUUCCGCUGGAGUGAUGGGAGCCCCACGCACUACGAAAACUGGAGGCCCAGCCAGCCUGACAGUUUCUUCACCUCAGGAGAGGAUUGCGUGGUGAUGAUCUGGCACGAGGGCGGCCAGUGGAACGACGUUCCGUGCAACUACCACCUCACGUUCACAUGCAAGAAGGCCACAGUGGCCUGCAGCCACCCUCCUCAGGUGGUAAACGCACGGACCUUUGGGAGACAACGUGAGCGGUACGAGGUCAACUCACUAGUCAGGUACCGCUGCAGUUCAGGAUACAUUCAGAGGCACUUCCCAACUAUCCGUUGUCGUGGCGAUGGGCAUUGGGACGUUCCUAAAAUUGCCUGCUUGAACCCGUCCAACUAUCAACGAAGCGUCUUUAGAAAACAUCAACACAAAACUCUGUACAGCAUUAACAACUUCAGGCAAUGGCCGGAUCCGGAUCAGGCCUUCCGCUUCCACUAUCAGCGCUACAGGGGACGGAGAGACAGCCCGGAACACAAAAGGAAAAGAGCGUGAUGACCGCAUGUGCGUUGAGAACUUGAGUGCGGAUAAUAAAGAACAAGAUAUGAACAAUCGAAGAGGAAGACAACGGAAGUGCGUUUGAAAAACAGACGACUUUGACAUCAUGGUUUCUGAUGUUGCCUAUCUGGAGACGUCCUUUGAACUGGCUACUGGAAUUUUUUUUUAUGUUAUCAAAAAAAUGCAACUACGAUUCCAACUGAGUUCUUUCAAAUUGCCACAAGUGGUCCUUAAUCAAAGCAAAAAAGAUGUUGUGAAUUUAUAGCGCUUACAUUAUGCAAAUGCAUUUUUUCUGUGCUAUUGUGCUGUUUUACAAUAUUGACAUUGUUAGCAGCGUCAGCGGUGAUUGAUUGUACGAAAAAAAAGUCAUGUUGCAGCCUUCUUACGAUGCUCAACCCGUCUAAUCAUUUGGAAUUGAAAUAAAUUGACCGAUUUUAUUUUGAACCAAAGAGCGGAGGCAGCUUUCAAAGGUACCGACCUGAAUGCCAACCUUGAUGUUUUUCUAAGACAUUUUGUUUCUAUUUAACGAGACUUCUAUAUGAAGAUUAAAUGCUAUUUUUUUUAUUUUGUAGCUACGGUCUGAGCAGCCUAGAUGGAGACGUUGCACACCGAUAAAGUCAUCAUCAACCAGAUGGGCAUCCAUACCCACACAGUUGCUUUAUCGGAAGGACGGUGCAGAACUGAUGCUUCUUUUUUUCUUUUUCUUUUUUUUUUGUGUGCACAACGUCUCGCCAGGACAUGUUUACAAUAAACACAAUGCUGUUUAAAUGUAUACGGCACAAAACUAUGCUCUCAUCUGCUGCUUCUGAGCUACACUCUGGGAGGGUUUAUGCCUGUUCAUUGAGAGAAUGUAUUUUGUGAAACGCUCCGAAGGACUUCAUCGUUUAAGCAGGGAUGCAUAAAAGUUCAUUUUCCAUAUGUGCGUCACCUCCUUAAAUGUUUCUAACUCUACUUAAGUGACAAAUCAAUCACACCGAUGAUGAUGAUGACCGAUAUGAUGGGAUCUUUAAUAUCAGUGGCGGACCAAAUAAUAUGCACGGCCAUGACGGCUUCAAUAAUGCUGUUACAUACCAAAGGCGUAAUAAUAUCCAUACAAAUGGAUGCAUUUUAAAAAAAAAAAAGUGAAACAUGUUUUUAUUUUGUCUGUCUGUGAAUGUCCAAGUAAGCGUCUCAGCCUUAAUGUGCACAUAUCCUUUUAUAUUUAU